UGGCUAUAUAACUUUACUAAACCACAAAAACUCUGAUUGAUCCAACAAGUCACAAGCAAUACUACUACUCCACUGGUUUCCAGAAGACAUCCGUUUUCGGAAGAAAAUUGAGACGCGAGUGUCCUCACAAUACAGGCUAUUGUAGUCGCCAGAAAUCAGUGUCAGAUCAUUUGAUGGGGUUACCGGGGGGAGGCAUAUUCAAGGUAUCAUUACAAGUACGUUUGAUCGAAGCUCCAAGGAGAUAUCGCGUCAAGCUACAUGUACUGUAGGGGUUUGGACAUAGGACUUCAACGAAAUAUGUUCAAGUUGCUGCCCCUGAGCCCCUAUGCCAUGGAUGCUGGGUCACUCCACUGUUUGUUUACAUGUUUCCCCCACAUUGAGUCUAACGAUAGGAGAAAUGAAACAUGGAAAAGAAGAGAAGCAUAGGGAGUUCCAAAGUUUGGUGAGAAAAGCAGUACACUCCAAAGUUUCGCUCAUCAAAAGCGAACGUCGUGUAGUGGGUGGUCUGACAGCACUAGGAAAACCAUCGCACCCGUCAUGGCGGCACUGGUGUAGUCUGUAAGACCAGACUGGUUGUAGAAUAUUCUACCGGCAGACGUUGUGAUACCAUCCGGUCAUGUCUCAGAGUAUCUCAACCCUUUCCCAGUCCAUCAUGCUGGGUGUGCCGGUUUCCGAGCUCUGUACAUGGAGCAACUUGGACGGUUGGGUGAACUUACA